GAGUCCCGAGCCUUUCUAGUUGUUAAUUAUCAUGAGGCCCUCUGCUGCCCGAUUGUUGAAUAUCCUCGUGCCAAUCAAACGGGCGGUGGACUACUCUGUUAAAAUUCGUGUUAAUCCUCAACAGACUGGCAUCGACCUCAAUGUCAAACAUUCCAUGAAUCCUUUCGAUGAAAUUGCGGUGGAGGAAGCUGUACGGAUACGAGAGCGACUAAAGGACGCUGUCAAGUCUAUCAAGGUGGUCACCAUUGGCCCAUCGAAAUCAGCAGAGACUCUGCGUACAGCUCUUGCCAUGGGUGCCGACUCCGCUAUUCACGUCGAGAUCCCAGACUCUGCCCCACCGCCAGAACCUCUGGGUAUUGCAAAAGCCCUCAGAGCAGUCAUCGAGCGUCAGAAAGAAGGGGUCGACCUCGUUAUUCUCGGAAAGCAGGCUAUAGACGACGAUGCAGGACAGACGGGGCAAAUGCUCGCUGGACUUAUGGGCUGGGCUCAGGCGACAUUUGCGAGUAAGGUAGAGGUGAACACGGCCGACAAGGUGGCCAACGUCACGAGAGAAAUAGAUGGAGGUCUGGAAGAGUUGAAAUGUCAGCUACCUCUUGUUGUAACCACAGAUCUCCGCCUUAAUGAACCUCGGUAUGCCUCAUUACCAAACAUCAUGAAAGCCAAGAAGAAGCCUAUUGAAAAGCUUUCUGCGACUGAUCUUGGAGUGGACCUGACCCCUCGCUUGGAGACCCUUAAGGUGACAGAACCGCCGAAACGCGUUGGAGGUGGAAAGGUGGAAAAUGUGGAUGAACUGAUUGCCAAACUCAAGGAGGCUGGAAUCACCGCUGUAAAGGCCUAAAGCCAUUGGUGAUGACGCGAUGACGGCCCAGGCCGAGAGUGCGUCGACCACAUGUAUCAAUGGCUUUCCUAAGUCCAUUUCUAGUAUGCAGUAAAGUACAUGUCUGAGUGGGCCAUCAUUUGUGGGAGUUUUAAGCAAGAAAUAUUAAUGUUCACGUAGUGAAACUAGUAAACGAAGAAAGCGAAACAGAGAAAGAGAUGCUACAUGGUGUCAGAUGCUGAGAUCGCAGAAGGGCAAAGUUAUGGAGAUGAAAAGAUGGGUGCAAGUAAGAUCAUGCAGUUGCUGGUGCGUGGGGGGAUACGUUUGGUACAGAGGUACCGGUUUCACUACCGACUCCUUUGGAACGGCAAGCAGGACAAUUAUUGCGCCCCGUUUGGAGCCAUUUAUCCACGCAACCUUUGUGGAAGGCAUGUCUGCAUACUAGGACACGUAAAUCCUCUUCAGGACGGUAGUCAUCCAGACAUAUUAGGCAUCUAUCUACGCAGUUUGAGGCAACUUUGUUAUCUUUCUCAUAUUGUUGUAGUAAGGAUGCUUUGAUGACCUCCAAUCCUGACCUGUCGAUUUCUUCUUUGGUGACAGUGGGCGGCUUAACCUGUCCAAGGAGCUCGGCUAACUCCCAUAGAGCUUCAAACGAGUCCAGAUUACCUGCACCCGUAAUGAUGUGAUGAUCAGGUGGAUAAUAUCCUCCAAUAACGUAAAUUAAGAAUGUUCUCGACCCGGGGGCGUCUGUUGCUUGUGCUUGAGCCGCACCUCUUCGCCCAGGUCUCAGAUUCCUGAAUGCAUUAGCAGCGCGCGAUUGCCAUGAACGACCACGAGGUGUGGGCGAAUCACCGCUGUUCUCUCGCAUAUUCUCAGGCAUGUUUUCAAAGUCAUCGAAAUCCAUGUGGCCAUUUUCGUCGUGAUUACCAUCGGGACCGUCACCUUCAGGCGCAUGAGCAUGAUCGUGCUCGCCCCUCUGGUCCAUAUUAACCGAUUGAAGACCGACCACUAUAACUGGUACAACCGUGUUCGACCUAUUCUCAUUGGUGUUUGGGUGUGCGUCCGUCUCCCCAGUAGCAGACGGUGUCGCAGCUGUGGGAGCAGAGUGGGACUGGGGGAUUGUACCAGAGGUCUGUGCAGACGCCAUUGGUGAGAAGAAAGGAAUACCCCCGUUUUGAAGACCUAUGCCUUGCCCUUGGGGCGAGGUGAUCGGUGGGAAGCGGAACAUUCUCCACCAAUUGAUGCCACCUCCUGGGGUAUGUUGAGUGCGAGACGUCGACCCGGGAGUGAGAUCAGGAAUAACGUUCGCGCCUGCAUCAAGGUUUGCAUCAUGCUGGCCACGAGAUCCUUCCAAAUUAGUAUCUUCGCCCACUUCAACUUCUUCACCCUCGCCUUCUGAAUCCGAAACAUUUGCAAAGGGGGGAGGACGAUCACCCGCCAACUCGUCUGUAACAUGAUCUUCCGUUGUACCAUUGGUGGUGGCAGGAGACUCCUCUUCAGAUUGCCGCUGACUGGAGUUCUCAGCCUGUGCGGGAGGUGAAGGAUUGGUGUCUGUGCCACGUGUCAA